AUGGGUCAAUCACGGGCCUGGCCUUCCGUCCUUUGGGGUCUCAUUCAGGGGUCUCUUGCCCUCACAGUCCCAGACAUUAGUCUUCCGACUUCUACGUCUCUCACCACCCUCACUUCGACUUACUCAGAGACCGUAACCAGCACUAUCACGAGCUAUGCCCCGGUGACGACCGUUCAGACUACAUGUACUCCUGGCACUGGAUUCUUCGACACUCAAUGCACGAAUAGUUUCUAUCAACGUGGUCUCCUCUUCUGCUAUCGCUUCUUCAUCAGUCAUUUCUUCUUUGUCAAUCGCUGCUUCUUCGUCAUCCACUUCUUCACCAGUCGCUUCUUCUACACCAGUUGUUUCGUCGCCAGCUGCUUCUACAUCAGUCGCCUCUUCUUGGCCAAUCACUUCUUCUUCAUCAUCAAUUGCUGCUUCAUCGCCAGUAGCCUCGUCGCCAAUUGCUUCAUCAUCAGUCGCUUCUUCUUCAAUCGCCAAUUCGUCGUCAGUCGCUGCUUCGCCACUUGCUUCGGCGUCAGCUGCUAUAUCUUCUGGAAAUACUUCAAGACCGGCUUGGAAGUCUCAUACAAGAAUGCAUUCAUACACAACAGUGCCAUCAAGGCCGAUUUCUACAUCCGUCUCAACCCAUUUAUCACGAUCACAAACCUCAUCUCUUUCUAUUAUGAGACAUUCUUCUUUACCAUCUUUGUCUUAUUCAUCUUCCUCUUCCUUCUCUCUAUCUUCUGCAACAACCUCCCAGUCUACGACGCCUUCCCAGCUUGCAUCGGCUUCCACCUCCGAGUCGGCUUCCCAGUCUGCAUCGGUUUCCCAGUUUACGUCGGCUCUCGUAUCCGAGUCGACUUCUCAAUCUACUUUACUUUCAAAGUUCACAUCAUCGGCUUCUGCACCAUCCACAGCUUCGGCUCCGAGUACAGAUACUAUACCUGUAACAACAACAACCACCAACACCUAACUGCGUGUCCACCAUCAGUUCGGGACUGCCCGGCGUCAGAGCGGACGACUCACAUCACUACUGAAACGGUUGCUGUAUAUACCACUAUCUGCCCAGUGACCAAUGUGGAGAGCAAGACUACACUGCCAUCUGUCGCAAUGACGAAGGGGAACUCAACUGGACUACCUAGUGAAAAACUCACUACAUCUACGGUUUACACAACGCACCAUCAUACCACUGCAGUUUGCCCCUCGUCAAUCCACAACUGUGCUCAAUCUCAAAAAACUACAUCCACAGCCACUGAAACAGUGAUUGCAUAUGUGACUGUUUGUCCUGUCAGUGAGGAGGGCGAGGGGAAGACUGGUAAUUUAGCCGCCACUACAAGUCCAGCCUCUGGAGAAGAAACAACCAACAUCCCCACCUACACUUGGACAUCCAGCACUUCCCCGAGCGCAUCUGCUAUUGAGGAUACAACUAUAACUUCCAGCACCACCACUGGUACCAUCCCUGGAACUGGAAUAUUUACCAGGAUCGUCGAAUCGGCCAGUGCUCCCGCCUCCGAUAUCUAUAUCUCACAGCCCAGUGGAACGAAUAAUAGCGCUACCGAACAAUCGCAAACUACGAGCGUGGGAAGUGAAAGUAGCUGGAUUGGUUACACUAGCGGUGUCAAAUCGAAUAUUUCUCACGCAAUUACGUCUUCUGCUGGAAUUGCCCAAAGCGCCUCAUCUGUUCGCAUCGGCACUUCAUCCAGUGCCUCGAGUACCUCGAGUGCUCCGGUCGCUGUUUUCACGGGUGCUGCAGCUAAAAAGGUUACAGACAGCGCACUUUUCCUCUGUGUGGUUGCUGUUGCGAACUUCCUUGCUUUUUAA